AUGGCCGCGACGACAAAGGUCUCGGCCCUCGUUGCCGCUGCUACAGGAUGCAUCCCCGAGGAGCCCCGAACCCCCUCCAUUGCCCCCUCCUUGACCUUCUCCGAAGAGUCGGAAGACCAGGAGGAGCAGCUGCCGGUCGAGCCUCUGCGUCGCCGCCGUGCGUCUACGAGACUCAUUGCGCAGAACUCGGCUGAUAUCCAGCGCAUCACCGGCGAGUCUACCGCCCAAUUGAUCGAGCGGUGCUGCGGUGGCGGCUGUUGUAUGAAGGCCGGCGUGAAGAAGGCCGGCGUUGAGUACGAGUCCAUUCCCCUCCCCGACAACCACGCCUUCAGGUCUCUCGCUCUUAGGAUUGGCGAAUGCCCGACCCUCCUCACCAAGAUCACCGACCUGCCCGAACAGACAGUCUUCUUCGAGCCUCCGCGCCGCACCUCGCCCGCCCCCUCGACUGCCGAUUCGGCUGUUUCUGUCGGCGCCCAUGCCAGCCCAACGACCCCACCGGCUGACAAGGUGGCGAGUCUUUCUCUCGAGGACGUCAACACCAAGAUUCAACCGCCCAACUACGUCCAGCCCCACCCUCCUCACCACGUCUUUGCCGCCCGCAUCGACUCGGCCCGCGAGUUGACCAAGCCUGGUGCCGAGAAGCGUACCUACCACUUCGAUAUCGACAUCUCCUCGUACCCCGAGGAAGAUGGCACCGACUUCAAGGUCGGCGGCGCCAUUGGCGUCAUGGCCCCCAACGACCCCGCCAUGGUCGACGACGUCUUCGACGCCCUGAUGGUGCCUCGCUUCGUGCGCGACAAGCCUGUGCUCAUGAAGACGUCCAGAGGCCGAUGGCCUACUGUCUGGGGCGAGGACGAGCCCCGAGAGCUCCUGACCACCCGACGCGACCUGCUCACCUGGUGCUCCGACAUUCAGUCUUACCCUCCGACCAAGAAUCUCCUCCGCAUCCUUGCAGAGUACGCCGCCGACGAGAACGAGAAGAAGCUCCUGAUGUACCUCUGCGCCGCCGAAGGCCAGGGCGUCUUCUGCGACUUCCGCACCGGCCCUCACGUCUCUCUCUUUCAGCUGCUGAGCGCUUUCCCAAGCUCUCAUCCGCCUCUCGACCUACUUCUCUCCGUCCUACAGCCUCUGAUGCCGCGCUUCUACUCCUUGUCGAACGACCCUCACGACUCGUACAAGACUCGUGAUGGCAAGGUGCACCGUCUCGUCGAGAUUGCAGUCACGGUUCAUGAGUCCGCUGACUGGCUCCACGGCACCCGCACCGGCAUUGGCUCCGGCUUCUUUGAGCGUCAGGCCCAGAAGUUCCUUGCCGCUCAGAAGGCCGGCGAGAGCAGCCCCGAGUUCUAUGUCCCCAUGUUCAAGGGCCUCAUGGCCAACCCCCUUGCCAAGCAGUUCGUCUCGGAUGGUCCCAUGCUGCUUAUCGGUGCCGGCGUCGGCAUCGCCCCCUUCCGCGGCUUUGUCCAGCGUCGUCUGAAGACGGCCAACUGCGCCAACAAGGUCUGGGUUCUGCAGGGCAUUCGCGACUCGCUUGUCGACGAAAUCUACUCGGGCGAGUGGGGCGUGCACGAAGAUGAGGUGAAGCGCGUCAUCCAGAGCCGCACCGGCGAGGGCCGCUAUGUGCAGGAGGAGGUGCGUAACCAGGCCGAUCUCGUUUGGUACAUUGCCAAUGCCGUCGACGGUCGCGUCUUUGUCUGCGGGAGCAGCAAGGGCAUGGGUGAGGGCGUCGAGGAUGCCCUCGUCGACGUUGCCAUGUCCAAGGGCAACCUCGAGCGCGAGGAGGCCAGGAAAUACUGGGACCUCAAGAGAGAGGCCGGUCAGUAUAUCGCCGAGACUUGGUGA